CCAAUCAACGGCGGCGGCGGCUUGCCCCGCCCACAAGGCGGGGCUAUAAGUAGAGAGGGUGUCACGUGCUUCGGAGUCACGAGGCGGAACUGAAGACGCGGCCGCUUCGAGCCCAGUCGUCUUGCUGCCCCCCGCCUCCUCCCUUGUGUUGCCGCGCCAGCGAGCAGCAUGAAGUGCCUCUUCAUCGCCGACAGCAGCGCCGACGUGAAGUUCGUCUGGGCCGAUGCGGCGUUCGCUGCACGACUCCACCGGGCGGCAGGUGGCGUGGAUGCGUCGCCCGAGCAGGAGGUGCCGACGGCACUCGACAUGGACAGCCUCGUCUACCGGAUGUUCGCCCCUCUCGUGGCGUCAGCCACCGUCCUGGAGACGGAGCUGGAGGACUCGUACGCGUCGUUCGAGUGCGUGGGCGACGCGCGGUACGCGCUGCGGCGCUUCGGGGACCUCCUCUACGUGGCCGUGAGCGCGUGCGCCGCUCCGCACGGCGCCGAGACCGACCUCGCACGAGACAUCUUCGCCCUCCGUCGCCUCGUGGAGUUUCGCUUCGGCCUGGCCUGCCACGACUCUGAACUGCUGCGCAAGGCGCUGAAGCCACCGGGGCUGGAGAAGAGGCGUCGCGUGUGGGCCGAGCUGGACUCGACGCUGAGCGCACUGGCACGGCUGCGCGGCACCGAACAGGGCUUCCUGGCGGAGGCUGUGGAGCGCCUCGCGUCGCCGCAGCUGGCCGAGGGCUGCCUGGAGCGCCUCGAGAAGGUGGUGAUCGCGGCGAACGCCGUUCCGGAGCGGGAGCGCGAGGGCGAGGAGGUGGUGCACGCAUUUAUCCUGGUGCACACUAAGCUGCUGGCGUUCUACUCUGCACGGAACGCGGGGGUCCUGGCCCCCUCCGAUCUGCUGCUUUUGAUUCUCAUGGCGCAGAAGAUGUUUCCCCGCAGGGAGGAGGGCAACGGGGCAGCAUCCGAGGGUGCCGCGACACCCACGGCAGCCGCUGAAAAACAUGAAAAUGGCAGAAAGGCGGAACCCAGAGCCACGUUCGGCAACUCCGGCAGCGGCAAAGGCCGACAGCAGCCGCCCGGCAAGCGGCCUGGCGGCAGGGCGUCGGGCAACGGCGGGGAUGCCGAAACGGGAAGAUGCCCGGGGAAGGUCGAGUUUGAGUUUGUGAGGAGCGAAGCCGUGAACCCGAGGUCCCAAAGCCCCAGCCGCUUCAGUCAGAACACAUCGAGCGAGGAGGACUUUCAGAUGGCUUUGGAGAGCGUCGCGGAUGAGACCGUGCUGGCCGAGCUGACGGAGGGAGGGUGCCGGAGCGGCGGCUCCUCGACGCUCGCCGCAAGCUCCGUACCGUUUGUGUUUGGCUUCGAUGCGCAGCGCGUGGCGGCGAGCGUGGGGGCCGGCCACUGCGAGGAUGAUGAUGAUAAGCUACCGAAACGCAUCUUCCUGGAGACGGGAGGACGCGAGAGCUACAGCCCGUUCACUCCGCACAACCUCUACUGCUACGAGGUGCACCCCGGCAUCACGCUCUCCUUGCUGAGCCGCGGCCCCAGCAGCCGCCUCGCUGCCCCCAUGUCGUCGCUGCUGGACUACUUCGUGUCCGUGGAGAAGAUUUUUGACGAGGGCAUCCGACCCCGACUUAAAGACGACCUGGAUAGAAAAAUGAAACAAAUCGUCGACUGCCAGAAAAUCGGCCGCUCGCAGACAACAUCUCUGCAGGAGGUGUGGCAACUCUUUAAGAGGAAGCUCUUGGUGAAGAGCAGCGAGACUCUGGACGUCGAUUUCUUGACCUCGGCUUGCCGCACCAUUCAAAAGUAUCUCUGCAAAGCGUUUAGUGUGCUUUACCUGCUCGAUACUCCAAGCGCCCGCAUGUACCGGUCCCUUGAGGAGAGCGCGCUGCAGUCCAUGCGCAAGAAGCUGGAAGACUACAAGGACUUCCUGCUGGUGAAGAGUGCGCGCAACAUCACGAUGGCUGCCUACCUGGAGAAGUUCCCCGGACUUGUCCAUUUCCUCUACAUGGACCGGGCCCUAGGGCUCCUGGUCGCCCCGGCACUGCUCACGGAGGGCGGCUCGGAGCUGGGUCAUGGGGCGAUCGCGGCCGUGGUGCGCGACCUCGUCUGGUGGUUCGUGUCUUUCUCUCGGCGAAUGCUGCGGCACGGUUAUAAUAGCAUUGCUCUCCGCAAGGGCGACUUCGUCUGCUCCUACUUCCUGUGGUUUCGUGAUACCGGUGGCAAGAGCCUUGCGGCUCCAGACCUGGAGGCGGACGUUGAGGAGGGCCUGCCGGGCCCCGUGGGGGUGCUGGCGGGGGACUCGUACCGCCGCCUCAUGUGGCUCUCGGCGAGACGGCGCCAGGAAGAGGUGCGCUGCUACGAGAUGGUGACGCUUCACCUGGCGGUGGUGCCUGCGGAGUGCAUCGCUCAGCAAUGCCAGCAGUUGGUGAAGACGCUCUGGGAGCCACCAGGGCUGCCCUUGCUUUGACCAACGAUGAGCCCGAUGGUACGCAGCGAUUCGGUUCACAUGAAGCAAGACUUGCUGGGAAUCUUAAGUCCAACGUUGGUGUUGCUAGAAUCUGUGCCUCGGGGAAUCCAGGCUGUCGAUUACUUUACGAGCUUCUGCCAUGAGGGUUUUGGUGGGAUGCAAGCGUUUGAUGCAAGCAACUUGCAAGUGCUGUGGAGCUUGUAGGAAACCCACCCCCCUGGGGCCACGCAGCCCCAUUCUGCUCCACUCAUGAAGCCACGUGUGCCUAAAACUGGGAGCUCCUCUGCUGCUGGGCCACCAACAGUUAGUUAAUUCCAUCGGCAUCAUCGGAUUUUGUUGUAGAAUGCCUGUCGAGUUGCACUUUAACAUAAAGCUGCAUACACUUAGGCCUUGGCAACGCUGUCUGUGGUGAAGAAGCAUGCGGUUGCUGCCUGUAACAGGCGAGACUGGUUUAUACGGACUUGUGGAUGUAGAAAAUUAUUUUAAAUGUUCUUGGCCAAAUGCUUACCACAGCCAGUGAAUCUGUGAUCAGAAAGAGAUACUGUGUCAUGGCCUGUCUCAUACAGAAUUGCCAAUCUCUUUAUCAAAGAAAGUGCUUGUGUUAAUGGUGCAUCAUCAGGUGUCUCAUUGCCAAAGUCUCAAGUGGAUGUAUUACCCUAAAGCGGCUGCACUCGCAAUGCUUGUCUGCCAACUACAAAGUGUAAUGCAGAAGGGCAAGGCCUAAGAUGUUGAACCGAGAUGGCGGUAUGAAGGCAGAUGUUGGAUAAACGUGAGACGAUCGUGUCCUGGUGAAUGGACACCGAGGCUGCCCAAUGUGCUAAAUAUGCACCUAAAGCUCUAUCAAUUAUAAAGUAAGUUUCUUGACACGUUUAUUAAAUAAAGGUGACUGUACACAUUGAAAAGGGCUUUUUCA